AUGCUGGCCGCGGACAACGCCAUCUCACAGUGGGCCGCGGACGCGUUCUCUCCCCACGUCGUCAUCACACUAGACCUGCGACGCAACCGCCUCACCGCCAUUGGCGGGGACAUGCUGAGAGCGUUGCGCAACCAGUGGGGCCUCAGGCACCUGCUGCUGCAAGGCAACCCCCUCAGCUGCGACCCGUGCAAAGUGCGUGACUUCGCCAGGUGGGUGAACGCGCAGGCCAACCUGGACCGGCAGCACGUGCGGGAGCUGACGUGUGGGAGCGGUGGAAAGCGGACUCCCCUGCUGGAGACGAGUGUGGACUGCAAAGAGCCCACGUGGCUGUUGGAGCUUUUCCUCCCGGUCUGUGCUUUUCUGGUGCUCGGUGGUGUGUUCUACGUCAUCUGGUUAGUGUGGCGCAAGGAACUCACGUACAUGAUGAAAAUUGCUCAUCUAAGGCCGAUAGUUGUGUGGCCUGGAUACUUUACUCGCAACAGAUAA